AUUAUAUUAAUUUCAGGUUAUAUAAGUCAUUCUAGCUAAUAAACCUUGUUAAGAAUUUCAUUUUUAUAAACCAGUUAUUAUAGUCAUUGAUUUCAUAUUUUGAUUAUUAUUAACACAUACAAAUUUCGACAAAAAAAUAUCAAAUUUGUAACACAUUUAAAUAUUGUUUGUAUGUAUGUAUGUCUUUAUUAGAUUCUAAAACAAUCUAACCAUAUCCUCCCGUCUGCAGUUAAAAGCACGCGAGUUUAAUGAGUCAUAAAUAAGUUAAUAAGGCAGCAAUCAAAUAUCUCUAACAAACUUAAUUAGGAUCGGUCCAAAAUACCUUCUAUAUAAGAUCCCCUUUAGAAAAUUACUUUAUUAAAACGCAGAAAGGGUUAUGAAAUUCAACACAAAAAAAAGAAAUCUAUUAAAUUUUAUGCGGAUCGAUCCAUAAUAAAACAUAUCCCUCCUAUAUAAGGUCCUCCUUUGGAAAAUAACUUGAAAUGGAAGUGUCAAGUUUAAAAUAAAGAUUUAAGCACUAUUAUAUUUUCUUCCUUCUUCGAGAUAUAAGAUAAAAUUAUAACAAUUAAUAUAUUUGUUUGAUAUAUUUUCAGAAUAUUUAUUGCAGUUAAAAAUGCCGAAACGAUCCGCAUCCAAAUUAAUUAUUAAGUGGAUAAAGAAAUACGCCAAGUAUUUGUUUAUAAUUUUUGCCAUUCUUUUAGCCAUAGUAGGGGUAUUCUGUAUAGUAUUUUCAAACAUAUUUGUUAAUCGCUUUAUAAAUAGUCAUCUGGAACUACGUCCCGGAAAUAAAAUUGUCGAUAUAUGGACAAAACCUGAUGUGAAUAUAACAUUAGAACUUUAUUUUUUCAACUGGACAAAUCCAGAUGAUUUUUUUAAUCCCAGCGUAAAACCAAAACUACAAGAAAUUGGUCCCUAUAGUUUUGUUGAAAUACCGGAAAAAGAAAUCUUCCAGUGGCAUCAUUAAAAUAACACUUUAGAUUAUGGUAGAAAACAUUGGUAUUACUUUGAUAAGGCUAAAACUAAACGAACCUUAGACGAUAAACUAUUUACUUUGAACGCAUUACUAGUGGUAAAAUCAGAUAUAAAGCAGUAAUUAUAACUUAAAUUAUAGUCUGCCGCCUCUAAAACUAAAGAUUGGUCCUAUAUGAA